AUGAAACCAACAAACGUGCCAUGUGGAUUGGUAAGCCGAAACAGCCGAGUCGCAAACACGCUGCUUUCCCGUACGAGCAGUAACCAAUGUCGGCAUCAGCGCCGGCGCCCGUUUCUCAAGGCGCCUCAGAGCCCUGUAUUCGGACGCGAUUCGAGGAGAGCCUUUUCAACUCCCGUUUCCCAGAACCUUCCUUAUCUCCAUCCUCGAUAUCUCUUAAAUCGCUUCUCGCGGUUUCCCGGCUGGCUCCCCCUUCUCUCCCUCUUUCUGCUCGUCUUCUCCGCCAAACCCGGUGUCGCCGACACGCGGCUAAUGUCGGGCGGGUUUAUCCGCGACGCCGUUCUCUCGCACUGCCCUCCGCACGUGCCGGAAUUGUCGUCUUCUGACGGCGCUGCCGCCCCGCUCCCCGCCGUCCCUUUCCUCCUCUCCUCUAACUCCGUCAUUCGCGGCAAAUGGCGCUACCAAGACCCUCCCGCUUCCGCCUCCGCCGCCGCCGCCGCCGUUGUCGCUGCCGCCCCUGACGGAAACGACACUUCAUCGUCGCUGGCCGCAGCAGACGGCUUGCCGGCAGGAUCAGCCGGCCAGCCGGCAGUCCGGCACAAGGUCCUGACGACCGACUCGGGCGCGUUCGAUUUCUGGACGGAGCACGUGGUGCCGACGGAAAACGGCACCCUCGAUGUAGGCGCGCUCGUUUAUAUCACAUCGCAGACGGAGUGGGCGGAGAGUUACAUGGGGACGGUGGUGGUGCGCGCGGAGGGGUAUUUUUCCAUGCGCGCGGGGGUGCUCUGCAUGGUGGGGUGCCAGAGCCGGCUGGGGGGAGGCGCGGGGGGAGGGGAGGGGGAGGAGUCCGCGGAGGCGGAGGAUCCGUACGCGGAUCCGCGGAGGUGUAAUAUGCUGCUUGUGCUGAAAUUCAAGGCGAAAAACGAGGCGGAGUGGCAGAAGCACGCUCAGGAGCAGGCAGAGGAGCGCCUGGAACGGAUAGCCGUGGCCAAGUAUGGCGUGAACGGGGAGGGGCAGAGCAACGCCGCCGCCGCUGCUGCUGGUAGUGGGCAGGGAGAAGCAGGAGAAGCAGGAGCAUCAGGAGCAGCAGGAGCAGCGGCAGGGGUGGCUGUGAUCGACCCGCACACUCUGAAAGAACGCACGGAUAUCACGAAAGCAGAUCUGCUAGACGAGUUGGGAUCCGAGGUGGAUGAUACGACCAUUGUCGCCGACGUGCUUGUAAUGGAGGGCACUGUAACGAGUACUAUCCCCGCGGAGCAGGCAGGGGAGGGGAGCGAGUUCUUUGGGCCGCUGGCAGUGGCGGGGGAGACGGAGUCGCUGAGUCAGCAGGCGGAGCUGUUCGAUUGGGACAUGGUGGUCUCGGCUGUGCUCUCCGCCUUCCAAGCCCUCGCAGUGUUUUCUCAGGUGCUCCACGUGCGCUCCCACCCCCACGCGCACUUCACUUCCCUCACAAUGAUCGCAACUCAAAUCAUCGUCUUCGCGUCCUUCUGGCUGCGGGACCUCUACUACCCGCUCUCCUUCCUCUCCUCAGACGUCCUCUCCUACCUCUUAACCCAACUCGCCACCCUCCCCCACGCCAUCGAGUUCCUCACCCUCCUCCUCUACGUCCUCCUCUUUAUCGCCGUAGAAAGGAAGAGGAAACGGGCCGCAGCAGCUGACGCCUACGUGGCUCUGACGAUCAUGGGCAUGGUGGGGGUGGGAGGCGGCAUUCUCUACGUGUGGGACGCUACAGACGUGCUGCUACAGCUGGCCCACUUCCUCUUCCUGCUCCCCCAGUCCAUCGCCUUUGCCAUCUGGCAACCACCACUCGCUGCCUGCAAAGGCAUCUCCCUCAAGUUCGCCAUUGGCAACUGGGCCGCUCAGUCCAUCUGGCUUGUCUUUGACUGCUGGCGCCCCCGACUGCUGGGAUACGACGCGCUCUUCCCCUUCCCCCACGCCUACUUCUGGCCCUUCUUCAUCGUCAUGACAACCGUGGUAUUGACGUGGAGGUCUUCGAGCGGGAUCUCACCGCGAUUCGCGGCGAGGGGCAGUACCGCGGGCCGAUUCAAGAGCAACGCGCUGGCGGCGCUGGAGGCGGUGGACCUGCGCGUGGCGGAGGAGGUGAUGGCGGCGGGGUGCAUCACGGGCGACCGCAUCAACGGGCUCUGCGACGGGCUCACCGGCGAAUGGUACGUCAAGUUCGACACGUUCACGCCAGCGGCGGAGGGCGGGUUACCAGUGACGCGCGUGAUCAGCCGCAUGACUCUCCAGCAGAUCCUCGUGGACGCCGUUGGGGAGGACAUCAUCAGGAACGGGUUGACCGUCGUUGACUUCGAAGACCAGGGCAAGCAGGUAGCCGUGAAGCUGAGUGACGGCAGCACAGUGUAUGGCGACAUGCUGGUUGGUGCUGACGGCAUUCGCUCCAAGGUGCGGGAUGUACUGCUGGGAGUGACAGAGCCCACCUAUUCGGACUACACGUGCUACACGGGCAUAUGUGAUUUCGUGCCUCAUGACAUUGAGACCGUGGGCUACCGUGUGUUUCUGGGCCACAGGCAGUACUUUGUGAGCAGCGACGUGGGGUUUGGCAAGAUGCAGUGGUACGCCUUUUACAACGAGCCUGCUGGCGGCUCUGACCCCCCUGGCUGUCGCAAGCAGCGGCUGAUGAAGCUGUUUGGCAACUGGGCGGACGGGGUGGUGGAUCUCAUUCAAGCCACGCCCGAGGAGGACGUGCUCAGGCGCGACAUCUACGACCGUAUCCCCAUCCUGCAGUGGAGCAAGGGGCGCGUCACUCUCAUGGGUGAUGCUGCUCAUGCCAUGCAGCCGAAUAUGGGUCAGGGCGGGUGCAUGGCCAUCGAGGACGGCUUUCAACUCGCACUCGACCUAGAGAAGGCAGUGGAAGGCGCGAAGAAGAAAGUGAGCAGCAAGGGAGGGCAGGUGCGGCAGCACAUGGACGUGGCGGGCGUGGUGCAGCAGUACGAGGCGGAGAGGCGGCUCAGAGUGGGGGCCGUGCAUGGCAUGGCGCGCACGGCGGCUAUUAUGGCCUCCACUUACAGGGCUUACCUGGGAGAGGGCUUUGCUCCGCUCUCGUGGCUGGUGAACUGGCGCAUUCCCCAUUGGGGCAAGAUGGGCGGGCAGGUGGUGAUGAAGCUGUUCAUGCCCGCCAUGCUCAAAUGGGUGCUCACAGGCAACACGUUCGCAUUGGAGGGCCGCGCACCCUACUGCCGAAUCACAGACAGGGCGGAUUCGAAUCUAGCCAAGUGGAUGGAGGAUGACGAUGCAUUGGAGCGAGCAACCGAUGCCAAGUGGUUCCUGCUGCCUGCUGCUGACCGCAUGCCCCUCACCGGCACUCUCACUGACUCUGGUCGCCCCAUCCUGCCUCUCGCCAUUGCCACGGCCCCUGAAGGCGCGCCCCCUACCACCAUCACAUCUGCUAUCACCAUCGUCGGCACUGCAGAGUGUGCACCUGCCAGUGGCACAGCAGCGGUCAUUUCACUGCCUGGGGUGGAGGAGAAGCAUUGCCGCAUUGAGAGUCGCAGUGACCACACCUUCUAUGCCACGGACCUCAGCCAGUCCCAGGGCACCUGGCUCGUCAGAGUGGAUGGAGCGCGGUCUAAGCUCACUCCAGGGUCCCCUGAACGCCUGCACCCUGGUGACUCCCUCCAGUUUGGACCCAACGCCGAGGCUCUCUUCCGUAUCAAACUGAGGAAGGCGCAGGACGGUGGCAAGGCCAAGGACGUGCUGGCAGCUGCGACUGCUUGA